GCUUCACUUCGCUUGAGCACAGAGGGAAGAAUUAAGUGGUCAUAAGAAAUCACGACUCUGGUACCAUGUUUUAGUCCCCAGCAAUUUACAUUCUCUGCCCCUUUUAUACAAGGCGUUAGCUCUAUUGUUCGAAGAAAUAUAUGUGGAAUGCCUUCCAGAUCUGACACAGGCCGUGUGAUCCAUCACUGUACGUACAGUCAAGCAGCCAACCCCUGUUCGGUGCGAGCCAACAUCUGCACUCAGAGCUCUCUCCAACUUCCCACAGCCUGUGUGCGGAGACAUCUGCCUAAAUCACAUGACAAGCACUAGGAAAACUGAGCUCCUUUCACCACUACAGUAAGAAAGUGUUUGGAAAGAAGAGAUGUAGAGUGUUGUCACAAGCCACAUUAGCAUACAUACGCAUGGAGGAGCUUUGAUGGCUUCCGUAACAAAAAUGCCCCCAAAUGCAGGAGACUCAGCAUUGCUUUGCUCAGCAAGGAUUUCCUCGGUUUCAGUUAGAGGCUAAGGAAUGUCUCCACUAACUGUCUCCAGAUGUGCCUACUUGGCAACCCACUGACGAAACGUUACUGAGGGGACACAGGAUCUACACUAUCAAAUUGGAUAUGGACAUGGGUUUUGAGCAACUCACCAAGCACAGCUUUUAACACUCCUUACAAGAAGUGUGGAGACAAUGAGAGUUCGGCUGAAAGGGGAUGCGAUCUGCACCCUUUUCCUGGUGGUAGUGCUUUGUUCUUUACUCUAUUCCCAGUUGGAGCGUACUUCCUGGACAACAGGAAACAGGGAGCAAACGCACAAGAAACCUUCACCAACGCAGAGAAUCUUCCCAGGCCCUGAAGCCCCCAAGUGGCAUCCUCAAGCGGAGGUGACAUUUGGCCAACCCAGAAUCAUUUUUAUUGCUAAAGAUGAGGAGGUGGCAAGUAAAAAGGCCCAAACUACCACUUCACCACCGCUGACUCAUUCUGCCUUCGACUUCAAGCGCUACCUUCUAAACAAGGACAAUCGGAACUUUGAUCUUCUCAUUAACCAGCCCAAGAAAUGCCUGAGAACACCCGGAGGUCCCUUCCUGCUUAUAGCCAUCAAAUCGGUGGUUGAGGACUUUGACAGACGUGAGAUCGUCCGUAAGACCUGGGGCAGGGAGGGUUUGGUGAACGGGGUGCAGGUUCAAAGAGUUUUCCUCCUAGGAAUACCAAAGAAUAAGACGGCACUUGCAACAUGGGAGAUUCUUGUCCAUCAGGAGAGUCUGAUGUACCAGGACAUUUUACUCUGGGACUUUCUGGAUACUUUCUUCAAUCUGACCCUGAAAGAGAUCCACUUCCUGAACUGGGCUGACGAGUUUUGUUCCAGUGUGAAGUUCAUUUUUAAAGGGGAUGCUGACGUUUUUGUCAAUGUGGAGAACAUCAUUGACUUCCUCGAGAGACAUGACCCUGCAGAAGACCUCUUUGUUGGGGAUAUCAUCUACAAUGCUCACCCAAUCCGGGUGCAGAAGAGUAAAUACUAUAUCCCAGAAACAAUGUAUGGGCUAGGCACAUACCCACUCUAUGCAGGUGGUGGGGGCUUCUUAUUGUCCAGCAGCACCAUGAAAAAGCUCUUCCAGGCUUGCAAAGAGGUGGAGCUCUUCCCCAUUGAUGAUGUCUUUUUGGGCAUGUGCUUGCAGAGAAUCAAUCUCAAACCUGUUUUGCAUGAAGGAUUCAAGACGUUUGGCAUCGUGAAACCCUCAGCUGCCCCGCACUUGCAGACAUUUGACCCCUGCUUUUACAAAGAUCUCAUGGUAGUCCACAGUCUAAAAGUAGCCGAAAUCUGGCUAAUGUGGAAUCUGCUUCACAACCCACGGCUUUCCUGCACCCAGAAGAAGCAGGUGAAGAAGCCUUUCCAAUGGAAGAGAAAAAAAACCAAAGCAAUGAUAGACAGCAGCCUUCUGAUAAAGCAGGCUAAGCAUGGCAGAAGUACGUGAUGAACCAAGCUCAGAAGAACCUUGGGUGGUUGCAACCUAACAUGCUGAUUUAGCUCAUCUCGUGUAAACUAUUGGGAGACAAGGCCACCCUAUUGCAGACAUUUGCCAGAAUUCCAUGUUGGCACACACUAUAUGCCGUAGGAUUUUUUCCCUUAACCUGAUUCCAAGUAAUUCACAAAACUAGAUUUAAUUUAUUAUUAUUUAUUAGCAUCGCAGUAGAGCUUACAGACCCCCAGCUAGGAUUAUUGUGCUGUACAAACACACAGUAAAAUACAGCCCCAAAGAGCUUAUAAUCUAAUUUGAGACUUAACAUGAUAAGUGAAUGUGACAUAAAAGGAGCAGGGUAGGGUGGGAGAUGAGGACACGGGUCGUGAAGAUAAAAAAUCAUUGGCUGGGAUUACUGAGAGUCAGCAAGAACUACCAAAUUGCGCAAUAGCUAAAGUGGAGAAAAUCAGCUCUUCCCAACUGAUGCACAAACCAAACCACAAUCGGCUGGCUCCUUGGAGGUGUUACAGCAGAGGUGGGUCUUGAAGGAGAAGAGGGCCGUGGCAUUAUGGACUAGUUCAGGGAGGGGGCUCCAUGCAGAAUGGGAGAAUGAGAGGAGACAAAAUUGGAAGCAGAAGCUGGCUUUGCCGGCAGACCAGAGGAUGGGUGAGGGGGCCACAUGAUCAGAGACCUGCAAGUAAGUAGGAAGGAUCAGCGCUGUGAAGGGCCUUGAAGGUGAGGAUAAGAAGUUUCAUUGUUGCCCCCCCUAUGUAUUGACGUCUCAGUCAUAGCGACAUGUCAGUGAAACUCCUGCUAAACGGAUGCUGAGUCAAGACACAAGUUGGGCGGGUUCAUGGCAGCUUUCAACAAUUUGUUGUAAAUUGAUUUACAGUCAAUGGAAGCUGAAAAUCCUCUGACAACAGCUGAUCAUCUUCUCACCUUGAUGGUCCAGAUCCUCCAUUUCAGACCUCAGCUGGCGGGUAGAGCAAUGUACAACGCAUACUUCUGCCCCAUGUGUCUCUUACUGUGUUCUUUGAUCUGGAAGAAAUUACUGACAUACAGGACUAGUUUAUAGAGAUUCAGGCCUUUCAUGUAUUGAAUGCAGUCGAAUAUGAGAAGCAGCUGGGCCUUUUCAGACACUGGGGGGGGAAAAUACCCUUCAGACACAAAGGCUUUGAAAUAAAAGCUCUUCAGGACAUUGCAGCAAAAAACAAGCAAACGAAACAAACAACUUUCUGCCAUUAGGUGACAUUCAAUUUAUCAUUCAAAGUUUUUGAAUAAGCAUUUAAACUUUUGGAGAGGAUCACUGGAUUGCUUGAUUCAACACAGCCUGGACAGCAUUUUAGCACUUAAAGCAUUUUAUUUUCUGAUCAUUGGUAACCUUAAAAAUAAGUACUCAUUGGCCAGCACAAGUAGGGAGUGAAUCUCUUAAAGAGGAUUAGGAAAGGCCUUUUGAUCCAGGAAGUUAUAGGUCCAGAUGCACAGCUGAAAAGCUGAAACUAUGAUUGCUAAUUUAGGCACCUAACUCUCUUUGAAAUCAAUGGGAGUGAGGCCCCUAAAUACCUUUCAGGAUCUGAGCCUUAAGCAUAUACUUAAAUCCAUCCUUAUUGAGGAGAGAACUUAAGAAUGUGCUUAAGUCCCAUUGACUUUAAGCCUGUGUAUAAGUGCUGUCCUGCAGAGGGCUGUCUUUCCUGAUUUGGGGGCCUAUCACAUAGGUCCCUUUCAUAGCUGCAGGAUCGUACACAGUACCAGCUUUUCUUGUUUUUCCAUUUGCUAUACCAGGGUCUCAAUUCUAACUUUCACUAUGCAGCACAGUUGGUGGGGAGGGAGUCUGUUAACCUCUGUUGAUGCACCGUAGUGCUUACUGAUGAAGUGCAGUGACGUGUUAUCUCUUGGUUAGAAAGGGACCUUAUAAUAAUGUACUUUCAGGAGAACUGUCAACUGUGGAUCAUCUUAUGAUCCUGUUUCUGUGAUAUGUUGGCAAUUCUGGGAGUAAAUACUUCAUGUAUAAAGUGUUCACACAGAAAACAUGAAUGAAAUGUACGGAAGCUCUGCAGAGACUGGAAAUCAGUCCCAGUCUUGGCGGGGAAACCAUCCCGCGAGGUUGGUAAACGUGCCAUAUGUAUGCAUUUAUGAACUGUACAGAAAAGCUUUAUGUGGUGAUUAGUUUUCUAGUAGGGAAAUUAUUUCUAUUGCAAUUAAAAGACAGUAUAUGAACGUGCAUGUCCACUUAUCAAGAUGAAUAUGGGGUGUGUGGUUUAGUAAAACUCACAUAUGCUUGUAUUUCUGAGCAGAGAAAGAACCUGAUGACAUGUUGGAUACCACAAUGAAUUUUUUCUAAUCGCAGGUUUUCAUGCUUACAAAGGAAAUUUGUGCUUAGCUUACCUCAUGAUUUCUUACCACACAACUAGUCAGGGUCCAGCAGCCCUUACCUUCAAGCUGGGGUGCAGAAGUAGACUGGCUCCUUCCUCUCAUACACUGUUUCCAUAGUUGUAGCCCACUUGUAAUGUAGGGACACGGUAUCCAUUGGAUUCAAUGUAAACCCCUCCCCCUAAUAUGAUGGUGGCAGAAUUAUAAGGAGGGUUUUGCAGAGGAAGGAGCUAGGCCAGAGCCUUAACAGAACGGGUCUUGUAUUGGCCCCUGUUGAAAAGGAGGGGGAAAUGCAGCUACAAGUCUGGCAGAGCUGCCGGGACAGAGAAAGGCUCGCAUUCAGCAGCGGCACACGUGUCCUGAGGGCUGGCAGGGGUAGAACUGGCACAUUCUCCUGGCUUCCAUUUUCCCAGUCUUUGGAAUGUCUCAUUUCUUCACUUAAGAAACACUAGGGCUGUUACCUAUAGCAGGGCCAGAAAGUCCUUUUUAUUUGUCAAAGCUUUCUGGGUUGCCCAUUCAGUCUGAGUUUAAAGCAGUGCAUAUGCUUGUAAAAUGUCAGCAUCAAGAUACAAAUUUAUACCAAAAUAAAAAAUCGCCUUAACGGUGUAAUUAUCACAAAUUCCCACAUGAAAAAAAUAGAUCCAGUCAUCCAGUAUCAAACACAUCUAUUAACCCCCACUAAGGCUGUAGCUCUCCUGCUUUUAUUAGGCUGCUGAGCCUUUACUAACAGACAGAUCCCAGACCCCCUGAUUUGUCUCGGUCAAUAUUUUUCCCUGCAGGGUACCUGGAAGGGCUCUACCCUCCCACCCCUACCCCACGGCAGUCUAAGGACCUCAGGUUGAGAAUUGCUCCUAAGGAAUUGGGGACCAAUUUUUCUGAAAGAGAGGCCCUAGGUCCAUGUGUAAGAAUAAUGCACUGAUGGAAACAGCUUUAGGAAAGGAGACCAGUUUUUGGCUUGGAAGAACGUAGCUAUGGUAAGUCAAGAGAAUCUGUUAGUUUGAAGGUGCACACAUCAAUAGUAGAGUGUACGACACUUUGCUAGGCAGCUGAGAUUUGAAAGUUUAGCUUUUGUUUUAAGAGGGAUGUGGGAGGGAGGAAUGUACGAAACCUACUGAAUUAUAUACAUAUAUGCAUGUGCCCCAAAGUUUUUAAGCUAGUGAAUCUACCUAAAAUCCAUAUUUAGGUGCUUAAAUUGGGCUCAGUUUCCAGAUAGAGCAUCCGCAACUCCCAUGGAAACUAAGGUGAGUUCAGAGAUGUUCAGCAACUUCCAAAAGAAAAUGGCCUCCUUUAGGUGCCUAAAUAUAGAUUGAAGGUGCUUAACUUCAGGCACACAAUUUUGAACGUUUUGACCGUACGUUUCCAAUGAAGCCAGUUUCUUUCUGGUGUUCUCCUGAAGUGCUGGAACCCUAACCGCCUCCCCCACAAGGUGCAUGAAGUGCAGAAGAAUCAGAAACUGACCCUUCCGCUUUCCCUCUCCAAGCAAAACAAACUGCAGAGUAAAUUAAACACACACACACGGUGAAAGACAACAAACUUUUUCAAAACACCAUCCAAAAUUAGACUUUCAACAUGGCUUUGUUUUACUAAAAGCCACCUGGGUCUCUGAAAAUGGACUGAAUGCACCAGGGGGGCUUUUGCUAACAAAGCCUUUCCCCACACGUUUGAAGACAGGCAUGACUCUUGGCAAGGGAUGAAGAAUACGGUGAAAGGUGAGUUCUAACACUAGCAAGAGAUGAAAGCUGACUUCCAUGAGACCAAGGCAAACACCUGAAGUUAAUACAGUACAAAGGGUUUUAUUGAGUCUCAGGAACCCACACGCAGACCAACCCUUUUCACACUAUAUGUAAGUAUCCAGGCUGGGCUUGUUUAGUGAGCGGAGUGGGGUUGGACUCCACAUUCAGCAUCUCUAAGUCUGCCUGUCUCCAGGGCUGUAAACUGGAUGAGGAGGCGCAUGCCAAGACCUAACACUGGGUUGGGUUGAUUGUUGCUUAGAUGUCAUACAAAAGAAAGCCAGAGAAGUUUCUGAAGCGAGCUGGUGUUAUAAUUCUCUGCUUUGUGUCUAUUGCCUAUUUUCUAACUGCUGGUCUGUCUCAAGCAGAUAGAACAGAGCAGCCUCUGGAGAGUAUGAAAAGGACAAUCAGCUUUUAAAAAAAUCAUUUAAACGUAAAACCCAUCUGGCCCAAUUCUCAGAGGAGCUGAGCACCUCAACUGGCAUCUGCUUCAGGUUUUGAAAACCAGCCCAGCAAGCUUCCUUCGGUGUGUUACUAACACUACAUUCAACGAUAAAAACAGUAGGACUUGUAAAAUCUAACCUUCUUUUCACUACUUCUGCUGUUUAUGUCCAUUGUGCAAGCUGAAUGCAAUGCAAAUAUAAGUCAGUCUCAGGCACUAGCGAAGUGCUGCUGGGUGUAGACAGCAAACAGUAAAGGGAACUGAGGAAAUACAAACAAGAACUGUUUCAGAGCAGCAGCCGUGUUAG